UUUUGUUUGUUUUCUUUCAGUGAGUCACGCUUUUUUCAAUCAUUUUUAUACGACCUGAAAGCAUCCGGAAUAUAUAGGAAUCCAGAAUUUUCAUACAGUUAUCUACCUUGAUCAUAACCAUGACAAAAUUCAUUUACCGUUUGUUAAUCUUUGGCGUAGUUUUUAUGCUUGGUCUCUCAACAAUCCAAGGACAAGACGUACAGGAUUGUGGACAAAUUCUAAAAUUUGUUAAAGAAUAUGGAGCUUUUCUAACUAUUGUCCCUAGAGAAACAUACCCAGUUUCAAAAAUUUGCUCUAACGAAACAGUGUACAAGCAUUACACUAUCGCAAAUGAAAAUUACCAAAAUGCUACACAGGAUAAGCUUUGCAUUGAUCAGCUGCAGAAUAAUCGGAUGAAUUGGAUCAAACUGUUGCACGAUCAAAUGUCGUUCAUUUGGCAAAGUGCUAACUGUCAGGACUGCGUAGAUCAUAGAAACGAAACCGAUCAGUUUUUUAAACACUGGGAAGAGCUGGACCAAUGCAUGGAAGAAAACAAACAGAAUCAAACGGCCCUCUGUAUCGCAUGUAACGGGAACUAUUCGAUCGUUCAAGAUUAUUACGAGGGGCUGCCCAGCGUUAAACAUCGGCAAGUUUGUUUCGACAUCGAAGAUCGGAUGAAUCAAACCCGGCGAGAUUGGAGUGCAAAGUACGGUUGCUGCAAGGAUAAGCAACAUUCUCAAACUGCGUUUAUUCUAUAUGCGGCAGGAAUUUGCAGUCUGCCUGUGAUGUUUUAUGCAGUCAUGUGCAUCGUGACCUUGCGUAAGAGAAGCCGUGAUCUGACUACAAAUCCACCGCUACUGGAUGACAGUAAUGUGUCGAAUGAAUCGCAAUCAGAAGUUACUGGCGCAGAACCAAUGCCAGGGCCCAGUCAAACAAACGGCGAAGUCGUUGGAAUAGCGAAAUCCACUUCUGAGAUCAAAGAGGUUAAUUGGAAUAUUUUGGACAAGCCUGGCCCACGCGAGGAUAAGUUACUUGAUUUAACUACUGAUACCGAUUCACUACCGGUUACAAAAUCGAUCGCCUUUGAUGAUGAUGAGGAAGAUGAGAGCUUGUUGGAUACCAUUCCACAGAAAAAAAAAUCCGAAGAUCUAUUGGCAUAGGAAAUCUAUGAUCAAUUUUAAGGCAGAGAGACAUUGAAAACCAAUCGCGUAAAAACGCUAAAUAUUUGAAUUAAAAAAUAAAUAAGAGCAGGAAAUAUUCGUUAAUAAUUAAAAUAAAAAAAAAUAUCAAAAAAUCUUAUCGAAACAAACCGUGUUAACAAAACAACGUGAAACGUGUACAUUUACGGGAUGAAUAUGCAAACAAGUUUAAAAUCCCAGAAAAUAAGUUUAUAAUUAACUUUUAAAAAUGUUUCCAUCAAAAGGAAUGGAAUGUAAAAUUGACUGAAAAAUAUAGUUGUAACGAAUCUA